AUGGCAUCCAAAACGAUAUGUAAUCGCUGCCUGAGGCUGGCCGCAUCCACGCUGCCGUCAAGAGCCGCCCCGACAACUACCAGACGAGCCUUCGCAUCCUCAGCGUCUAAACAACCGUCCAAUGCCCGCAAACUACACCAGUCGUCCAAGCAGAGAGCAGCACCGGCCGUCGAAUCAUCGAAGCAGCCAACACAAGAAGUCCCAUCUUACGCCGGGCAAAAUGCGAAUCAGCAUAACGAGGGCUCAAGACUACUGCUGCAACCCAACAACCUCUUCCACUCCUUCACCAACUCUCCAUCGCCAGCAAUCCGAAAGAGAGCAGCCUUCAUGAAACAGAAUGCAUACUGUCCGCAUCCUGAUCACCAGGCAACCCGAACGCCUCUCUCUCCACACGAUCUAGAAGCGAGAAAGACGGGCUCCAAGCCACCUGCACAUGUUCGACAUGAAUGCCCCGAUUGCGGCAUUCCGGUUUCAUGUUGUGAAGAGCACUUUGUCGAUGACUACGAGAGCCAUCUGGAAGUAUGCGAUGUGCUGCGGGAGAUCAAUGAGGACGACCAUGAUUUGCACAGUGGACGUUUCUUCCCCGAAUUUGAGUAUCCUGGGAUGCAGAUUGAGGAGGCACAGGUCAACAUGACGAAUUGGGAUACCUUGCUCUUCAGCAGAGAGUUUAACGCGGUCAACGACGAGCGGAGUAUGCGGCAGGUCACACGAUUGUUGACAUAUCCCAUGACAGUUGGAAGCGUGCUGCACGAGCUCAGUCCUUACAACCUUAACAACAGAUUAUUGCCGGAAGGCCUGAGAUCAUUAAGCGGUAAGUUCCACAUGCGCUUCGCCCUUGGAUUCCCGUACUGACAUUCUCAGCUCUCCGCUACACUCUCCACCCACCUCGAACAGGAGGUGGAAUUGAUAUCAAAGGCUUGCGCGCCCAAUCUCCUCCCGUCCGCCUCUUCAUCCUUGGGGCCCGCGCAGAAUCCUCUCUCCCAAGAGAAGUCUGGAUUCAACUCUCGUACCUCUUCCCUCGAGCAACCUUCCACCUAAUCUUCAUCGGCCCGGAAUCCAUGACAAACCGUGACGCAGAAUACCCUCUCCCCGAACGAACCCCUUCGAACCCCUUCGGCGCCAUCAUCGAAGACCGUCUCGGCGGCCAGGUAAAGAUUUCCACCUACGUCGAAUACUUCCAGACUUUGCACCAGGCACAACACUUCUACCCCUACGAUCCUUACUUCGAUGCUUUCAUCCUGUUCCAUCCUGGUCUAGGGCAUCCAGCUUCUUCGCAUGAGUGGACAGACGCACUGCCACAACUUCUGGAGACUAAAGUUCCCAUCAUCUGCACGGGUUAUACGGAGUACGACAUGCAGCGAGAUAUUGAAUGGGUGACAAAACAGGCUGCAGGCGAGAUGGAUAUGUUGCUCACGCCUGGGGAGAAUCGCUUCAGGAGUCUGAGAUGGGAUUUGAAUGAUCUGGAUCCGGGCGAUGUGAGCUGCGGCAAUUGGGGUAUUUGGGGUUUCAGAGGGAAGAGAUAUGAGACUGAUGAGUAUCGCGGAGAGCCGCAACAGUAA